CGAGUAUUCGAGAGAAUUUCAUUGAGUGGAUCCCUGGUUACCGGGCGUGACGGACGCGUUCUUAUUCAUUAGAUAGUUCGCCUCCUCAUGCUUCAGUCUUUGUAUAUAUCACAAUUUUUUCAUUUUAUAUUUAAUUUUUUCACCAAUAUAUCUCAAUUAUUUAGUGAGUUUGUGUUCAUAUUGCUUUACACUAAAGCAAAAAGAUCACACGAGUCAAUCGAGUUAUUAACAGUAUAACCAAAGUUCUCACGUGUGCUACAUUGCUAACGAUUUACGAAGAACCGAGCCGGUAUCUGUUCCUUCCUGUGUUAAAAAUAAAUAAGACGUUGAUGCCGGAAGCUUCAAUGCGUUCUGUGUUUUCCUGUGUUUCUCUCUGUGCAUACAUGUUCAAUGGCUGACUGAUAAAACUCCAAGUUUCGAAGUCAGAGCACCUUAGUCUGCAAUCAUGACGAACCUCAUAAAACUCGUUGUCAGCAACUGGAAUGAAAUCCUCGAUGCUGAAAGAGAUCCAAUAGUGGACCAAUGGCCACUGAUGAGCUCACCCGGACCUGUCAUUGCUAUUCUCGCAGUUUAUCUCACAUUCGUCCUCAAAAUCGGACCUCAAUACAUGGAAAAAAAGCCACCGUUCGAAUUAAAAAAAACUUUAGUUUGGUACAACGCGAUACAAGUUCUAUUCAGCAUAUGGUUGACCAUUUUGGCACUCAAGACACAAUUUUACAAACACGUUCUUAUGGGUACCUGCAGCAGCGGAAAUGCCUCGGUACAAUCCGGGCUUUCGACGGCAGCAUGGUGGUACUUCUUCGCUAAAAUCAUUGAGCUUCUCGAUACGAUAUUUUUCGUACUGAGGAAAAAGCAGAACCAAGUGUCCUUUCUUCACGUUUAUCAUCACACAGUAACCGCCCUAUACUCGUGGGCAUAUUUGAAAUUUUUACCCGGUGAGCAGGGCUUGCUAGUCGGAUUUCUCAACUCACUAGUUCACAUAUUCAUGUACACAUAUUACAUGAUCGCUGCGAUGGGGCCCCAGUACAAGAAAUACCUUUGGUGGAAAAAAUACAUGACUAUUAUACAGUUGAUACAAUUUGGUUUGAUGUUGGCCUACCUCAUGAUGAUUCUGGCGAUGGAUUGCUCAAUGCCGAAAAUUCUCACGUACUUUUUCACGAUGAACGUCACAAUAUUUCUGUACCUGUUUUCUAAUUUCUAUCGGAAAGCUUACAAGAAGAAAAAAAUUAUAUAAAAUAAUUGCAGGAACGUUGUUGUCUCAAGUGGUCAGAACGAGAAAAAAGUGCGCGAAUGGAAAAACAGUAAACUUACUUUUAUUAGGUUCGUUUCUAAUGCGACAAAUUGUGAUUAUGGGCAAAGUGACGUUUCGCGCUCUUGUACGCUGAUAGUGAACAUAGUAGCCAAAGAAGGGACAAUCCCUAGAAAACACCGGCCCGGAUAAAAUAAUUAAAUUAUAAAAGAUUCGUUUUCCGAUUAGAUACAUUCAUCAAUUCCAAUGAUAAUCGGUGAACACUUAUUGAAUGCACCCAUCGACAAAGCAUUCCAAUAAUUUACAAAAAACCGGGAUUAGAAUGAAAUGAAAACAAGUGCCAGUUUUCACGUUCGGAUUUUUAGCGUUGGUGUUUGUGUCUUCGGAUAUCUGUUACUUCAUUGAAAUUCGUGUAAUUUAUUAUUAGCUGUAUUGUAAAUCAACGAAAAGCGGUUUGUUUGUAUACACACGCGAUGGAAAACGAAGUGGCGAAGAUUCAUUCAUUUUCGCUGUGCAACGGCGUCAUUUUACCUCAUUUAGAUAAGUUUUGAAAUAACGAUAUUGAACAUAAUAUUAUAACUGUUAUUUAUUAAUAAAAUUGUGUACAUUGACCGCUCAACAUCGUAGAUCAUUCAUUUAUUUUAUACGUAUCUAUAUGUAUAUUUAAUUCAUAUGUAUUCCUCUAUUUCUUAUUCAACGAUACAUUUUACUAUACAGAACAAUGACAAUGAUAUGAUAUAAUACAACAAAAUGUCGAAGCACAUUUUUUCAUUGGAAAAACCCUCGAUUUACAGAUUGGCUGAGCUUGACAAAUGUAUUGAAAAUUAAAGAAAAACAAAAAGUACAUUAGCGAAAA